AUUUUUGACACAAAUAGAACAGGAAUGGAUUUGGCGUGAAAUAGAGGGGUAAUUCGACUCCGUUCUUCCCCUUUUCUCCCUGCAACAGCAAUCACCCUCCAUUUUCAUCUCAUCGUCGGAAUGGGUGGAAAGGGAAUAGGAAAUAAAAGUGUGUUGAUUACUGGUGUUAGCAAAGGAAUUGGUAGGGCUCUUGCUAUUGAAUUGGCGAAUCGAGGUCACACCAUUAUAGGUUGUUCUCGUGCUCAGGAUAAGCUUGAUUCUCUUCAAUCUCUUUUACUUCCAAAUAAUCAUAAUCAUCUCUUCCUCAAUGUUGACGUCAGCUCCAAUGACAGCGUUCAACAGAUGGCUCGCACUGUUAUGGAGAUGAAGGGGGGUCCACCUGAUGUUAUUGUGAACAGCGCAGGUACUAUCAACAAGAACAACAAGAUGUGGGAAGUUCCUUCUCAAGAGUUUGAUUUGGUGAUGGAUACAAACUUGAAAGGAACUGCCAAUGUGUUGAGACAUUUCAUCCCUCUCAUGAUCAACAAUGGAGGAGGAGAAGGUAUUAUAGUUAACUUGUCUUCUGGUUGGGGAAGAUCGGGUGCAGCACUUGUUGCUCCUUACUGUGCAUCCAAAUGGGCUAUUGAAGGACUCACAAAGUCUGUAGCUAAAGAGUUACCACAAGGAAUGGCUGUUGUCGCACUCAAUCCUGGUGUCAUCAACACUGACAUGCUUGCUUCUUGCUUUGGUGCUUCCGCUUCUCUUUAUCAAUCCCCUGAAUCAUGGGCUCUCAAGGCAGCCACCAUGAUUCUCAAUCUUACUCCAGCAGAUAAUGGUGCUUCUCUCUCCGUUUGAAGUCUCAUGUGUGUGGUUUCUAAUUCAAACUGGUUCAUGUGCAUUCAAAAUAGUGUGAUUGCUGUCUGACUUAGCCGUAUUUUGGUGUAUAACUAAGGUUUCGCAUCAGGUCGGGUCUCCGCAUUGUGUGGGUUGAAGUCUGCAGGACAUGCUUUUAAAUUUACAAGAGGGUGUCUUUGUACUUCAUUUAUCAUUUGACUAUUGUUUUUUAGUGCUUCAAAGAUGUGUCUUUAGGCAAAACCAUCUGAUGUAUUCCUUGUUUGGGGUCUUCACUUUUGUUUUGUGGAGGAGAGUUAUGGUGAUUAGCUUUCUGCUGUAUUUUACAGCUUGGUUGUUUUCUGUUCUUCUUAUCUUCUCCCUGCAUUUUUUUUUUUGUGCCGGGUUUAGAUCUUUUUAUUAAACCUUUUACUUUGUUUUAAAAAAAUAAAAUAAUAUGCGAAUAA